AUCCAUAUUACGCAUCCGAGCCAACCUGUGGAAGCUCAAGCAAGCUCUGGGGUUUCGUAAGGUUCUACUUUUAUCACCAUCCUCAUCCUUUCAGAAGUUCGUUAGAAUGCCUAUCUGAUAUUCAGCGUCGAUCCGCUCUCUCACUCCCAUUUCUUCCUUACCCCACCGGUAUUCAGGCGAUUCUGGUUUACUCGUCACCAUAUCUACUAUAAGGCUUCCGUCCAGGCUCAAGCUUGCCAGUGUUCUCCCAUAUUCAGCCCAAGCAUACAAGGUCCGUACCGGGUAGCCUGGACAGAAAAGGCUCUAUGAAUACGCGACACAGCAAUGGUCUGGGAUACUGAGGCAUCAUACGAACUAUCCCGUUCCUUUUGGUGCUAAGCAUUCCUAUUCGAUUCACUUCAUUUAGCGGACUAGUUGCAUUCCUCGCUACCUAAGCCUUCUUCCACCUUCGGACAUCACCGCAAACGGGGCUCAUCAAGCGGUAACCAUGAAUACGCGUCCGCUUAUUGAGACUCCCAAUGAGCAUGCCGCACUUUCUGUCACCUUCAAUAGCGACGCAAGUCGAUUUGUUGUUGGGCUCGACUCGGGGUUCUGCAUCUUCCUCUCAAAUUCAUGUCAAAUACAGACUUCAAGAGUUUUCAAUGCGGGUCUAGGCCUAGUCCAGAUGAUGGGCAACGCCAAUUACCUUGCUCUCGUUGGUGGCGGUCGCUCGCCCAAGUUCCCCCAGAACAAGGUCAUCAUAUGGGACGAUAGCAAAGGCAAGAUCGCGUUGGAGAUAGCGACCCUGACCGCCGUCCGCGGGGUACAGAUCUCUAAGACAAGAAUUGCUGUCGUCCUUCAGAAUAGUGUGCGCGUGUAUGCGUUCCAGAAGCCCCCAACCCCGCUCGCCAAGUAUGAGACUGCGGAUAACCAUCUUGGACUCUGUUGUCUAUCAGACAAGUAUCUCGUCUUCCCUGGAAGGACGCCCGGUCAAGUUCAGGUUGUGCAGCUGGAAACAGACAGCGUCAGCAUCAUCCCCGCGCAUUCUUCGAGUCUAAGAGCGCUACAACUUAGUUUGGAUGGGGAUUUGCUCGCUACGGCAAGCGAGAAGGGGACCAUCGUUCGCAUCUUCGCUACAAGUAGCUGUGCGAAGCUUGCUGAACGACGGCGCGGUAGCGAAUCGGCUAGCAUCUACUCCUUACGCUUCAGCCCAUCUGGGGACAUGCUCGCUUGCACCUCGGACAAAGGCAACCUUCACAUUUUUGACGUUCCGAAUCCUCGUAGGACCAGGCUAGCGUCUCUUCACCCGCCUGGCUUAUCAGGAUCAAGUGGUGGGGGCAGCGCUAUCACCGAGGGAAAAAACAAAUGGGGUAUCUUGAGCAACAUCCCAUUUGGUCCCUUCUCGGAUGUGUACUCUUUCGCUUCCACCCCUUUCGAAACAGGCGAGGAACCUCUUCUUCCCGGCAACUCACGAGCCCUCGCGGAUUGCCCUGUGUUGGGCACUAGUAGGCCGAUCAAAGGCGUGAUCGGCUGGAUAGACGAGGCCAGCCUACUAGUUGUCGGUGCUGGACAAGAUGCACGAUGGGAAAAAUUUGUACUUAGGGAGGAGGACGGCCGCACGGUGAUAUUUAGGGAAGGAUGGAAAAGAUACCUAGGGAAUUAAGGCGAGCUUCAGGACUUACUAGAACCACCCAGAUAUUGCCUCGGGUGGUGGAACUAGGGAGUUAUUGGAUGAUGGCCGUAUGGGCUAGCACGGGGUCAAUAUGGAGUAUAGGGGUUUAUGGCUUAUGGGUCUGGCGUUCUUUUGGUUUGGGGGAGUAUUGAGUCGCUUUCCGCAUGAGAAUAUAUGAUAGCGAUGUU